CGGACUUCGCGGUCUGCGGCAACGGCAAGCGCGUGCACAGGCACUGGUGGUGCGACGGCUGGACCGACUGCGAGGACAACCACGCCGACGAACUCGACUGCGGACCGUGUAACGACAGGCAAUACAGCUGCUCCGACGGCCAGUGCAUAUCCGCCGGGAACGUGUGUGACUCCCAGUGCGACUGCGUGGACUGCGGCGACGAGAUAGACUGCGAGGAGUUUUACACCGUCAACUCAGGAGUCCCAGAGUGCCACAAGGGCGUGGCACUGACUUGCGUCGUGUCCCCAUUAGACAGGAAGAAGGACAGGUGCAUCGCCGCCCGGAAUAUCUGCGACGGCUUCAACGACUGCCACAAUGGAGAGCAGGUGUCGGACGAGUACGGUUGCCUGAACGAGAGCGCCGACUGCGCGCUGCUGGAGGACCAGGAGGACUCGCUGUUCCCGUGCUCGGACGGCCGCUGCCUGCCCGUGCACCUGCGCUGCGACGGCAAGAGGGACUGCCUGCGCGGCGAGGACGAGGACCUGUGCCGUGAGUACGAGGCGCUUGCCACGCGCCGAGUCUUGCCGGAUGAUGAGUCGUCCUCGAAGGGGACGCUCAAUAUGCGUCUCUUGGCGCUCAAAGGAGGAACCGGCUUUGCCGAGGCCUUCUACCGAGCGCCUGAGUACAUGCAAAGCGCUCCUCCCAAGGCCCCGCUUGGCCCCUCUGACAGCCCCGCCCCUCCUCCGCCAGGCGAGGCCGUCUGCGGCCGCGGCGAGUGGCGCUGCGGCGGCGGCCAGUGCAUCCCGGAGGCCAGCCGCUGCGACCUGGUGCUGGACUGCGAGGACAGAACGGACGAAAUGAACUGCGGUCAGUUGCUUCGUAUUUGGGCCAGUCGCUGCUUGAGUAUUACGCACCAACACAAAAUGGAGACUGGGAGUAUACCAUCCACACCAUUGGCUGCUGUCACCAAGCCGCUUAAUGGAGGAUAUGAAUCUCAUUGCCGAGUUGGGCUCAACCUGACCAGCAAUUCACGCUUUGAUUAUGAUUUCUUAAAAGGAGCACGUGUGCGGCCCGGGGAAGAUGCAGUGCGCCGCGGGACAGUGCCUGGAGGAAAGGUUCUGGUGCGGAGCCACUUCGUCGACUGCUUCGACAAGUCGGACGAGAGCGACUGCGGCGCGUGGACGGGGUGCGGCCACGACGAGUUCCUGUGUUCCUCGGGCGACCAGUGCAUCCCGAAGGCCCAGCGCUGCGUCCUCUCCACCGACCCUCGCCACGGCUGCGCGGACGGGUCGCACCUGCUGGGCUGCAAGGAGCCCAGCUGCCCGGACGACAUGUUCAAGUGCCACUCGGGGCCCUGUCUGGAGAAGUCCCGCGUGUGCAACCAGUACAUCGACUGCCCGGACACUUGGGACGACGAAAACUCCUCCACAGAUCAGAAGUGCCCGUUCCCCUGCUCGAUCCAGGCCCCGCAGUGCCAGUGCCAGCACCUCGAUGCCAACUGCUCCGGCCUCGGCCUGAGGACCUUCCCCGACAUGGACAAGGGCAUCAAUCGCUUUUUCUUCUCGGACAACUUCCUGAACGAGACGGUGCACAAGGAACCCAUCCAAGGACAUGACAACAUCGUUUAUUUAGACUUGUGCGACGCCAACCAGAUCAUGAGGUACUUGUUCAACGGAACCUUCCAGAUACCGUGCGCUCUUCGGAUCUGCGUUGUAAUCCUCGAGCGAAAAAAUCAGCUGCAUCUCCAUGGCAACCAGAUCACAACUCUGCGUUACUACGCUUUUUACGGCCUCAGAAACUUGCCAACACUGGACCUCAGCGGCCAGCUUAUUCACUCCAUUGAACCGCAGGCCUUUGUAGGGCUUAGAAACCUUACUACACUGAGCUUGGCCAACAACGUCCUUACGGUGGUGGAUGACGCAGCAUUUUCGGGCUUGGGGAAUCUGAAAAAGUUAGACUUGAGACACAACGCACUCCAGAGCCUCAGUGAGCAGCUGUUUCAUACCGUCCCUCGACUGGACCAUCUGGAGACGGACGAGUUCCGCUGGUGCUGCCUGGCGCGGGCCGUGCGCACGUGCCUGCCGGCGGCCGACGAGUUCUCCUCGUGCGAGGACCUGAUGUCCAACCUGGUGCUCCGCGUCUGCAUCUGGAUCCUGGGCUUCGUGGCGCUCGUCGGCAACACCUUCGUCAUCCUCUGGAGGAGCAUUUACUCCAGCAAGAAUAAGAUGCACUCGUUCCUGAUCGUAAACCUUGGGUUGGGCGACCUGCUCAUGGGCGUGUACCUGCUGAUCGUGGCGGCGGUGGACGUGCAGUACCGCGGCGUCUACUCGGCCUACGAGCUCGUGUGGAAGAACUCGUUCCUGUGCCAGUUCGCCGGCUUCAUCAGCACCUUUUCCUCCGAGCUGUCCGUCUUCACUCUGACAGUCAUCACCGUCGACCGCCUCAUCACCAUCAAGUUCCCCUUCGACGUGCUGGAGCCGAGCGUCGUGCGCGGGGUGAUGGCGGGCGUGUGGGUGUGCGUGGGCGCCCUCGCAGCGCUCCCGCUCUCCCGCCUGGACUACUUCGGCAACUUCUACGGGCGGUCGGGCGUCUGCCUCGCCCUGCACAUCACCAACGAGAAGCCCGACGGCUGGGAGUACGCCGUGUUCAUCUUCCUCGUGCUGAACUCCUUGUCGUUCACGGUGAUCGCCGUCAGCUACGCUCUUAUGUACGUGGCGGCGCGGGACACGCACUCGGCCGCGCGCCCCAGCACAGGCGGGGGCGUGCACGGGGCGGACGCGCGGGCGAGCGAGGGCGCCAUGGCCACGCGGAUGACGCUCAUCGUGGCCACCGACGCCGCCUGCUGGCUGCCCAUCAUCGUGCUCGGGGUGCUGUCCCUGUGCGGCAUCGCGGUGCCCAGGAAGUUUGCAGCGGUUUGCGAGGACAUGAACCCAAGUUCAUUAAUUACACGAGAAUGUCCAUCAAAUCAGGAUGACUGGCUGGGGGAAUCGGAUGCUACUGUCGCCUGUCUGUCUGCCUCCACUCCACGUGCUCUCUCAUUGGUCGAAUCCCACCCCCUCCAGCCAAUUAGGCGUGCCAUCACCAUGAAAAUGCAGUGGCUGUCACUGUGCGUGUUCGGCCGCAUAGGCACACUUGUACCUCGAGUCGCUGAGCAGUGUCUGGGAGAUCUCGAGGUUCGCCACAGGCCAGCCAUAAGCCACUACUGCCCUUUACGGAUAAGAUGUAGGGUUGGCCAUCUGGAUUCUGCCGCAGUGAGAAGCCCUUCCCCGAAGGCACGGGCGGCCUCUGGCCCUUCGGCCCUUCAUUGUGGCAGCAUCGCGCCCACGCCAAGACAAAGGAUAUGCUCGCAAGGAUGCCUGUCGAUUGUUAACCGCUUGGUGACUAAGGCUCCCCUGCUGGGUGUCGAUUAA